GGCCGUUGGCGGGAUGGCCUUGCCAUGUGGUGAGCGUGUCAGUGUGCCGGCAGGGGAGGCCGGAAGAACGUGGCAUGCAGGGUUUGUACUGCAGGUACGCGGUGGGAGGUGGCCGGGGUGGAGGACGGGUACGCGUAGGGAGGCUGCGUGGCUGCGUGGCAGACCAGCAAGCAAGCAAGCAGCAGGCCUUGCGACGAGCGAGCAACCAACCAUCCAUCCAUCCACUCUCUCCCUACUCCGUAGGUACUACGUACCUCCGCUCCGCCCCGCCAGGCCGCCCAACCCACCCGAAAAUACCCCUACUGCACGCACACCCACCACGCUCGCCUACAGCAGACACCGGCAGCCUCGCAACUACGCUCAUCGGAUUUAACGCUCCCAGCACCCGUACAACGCAACGCAACGCAACGCACGCACCAAACGCAGAGGCAGAGAGGCAGCUUGCACGCGCUCCGACCGCCGGUGCCGCAUCCACACGAGUCAUAGGCACGGCCCGCUCCCCGCGCCGUCUGUGUGCGAGCCGAAGACGCGCCGGCCGGUGAGGCGCGCGGGGGCCGCGCGACGCGGGCUGCGUUCGUUUUGGCGGUGUUGUGUCUGUGAACAGUGAGGGAUGUGCAAAAUACACAAGCACG